AUGGGACACAUUCCUACGUUCGCCAUUGUAGUGGAUACGAGCGACAAUGGAAACGUAGCUGCUGCGACAGCUCAAGGUGGAUCCUCUGGACCAUCGGUUAUUGUUCCAAACUACCAAGCUCUGGGACUUCCUGAUGACGCUAUGGAUAUGAAUGGAAAUAGGAUCAGCGAUCAACCAGCUGUUGAUGUUCCAUUAGCGCCACCACCGCCAGUAGAGGAACCGCCACAGGGUAGCCAGGGAGCAGUCGGAGUAGCAACCGGUGGGGGAAGUGGCGGAAAAGACCAGGGAAAUGGCGGAUCUGACUGUGAAGAUUCAAAUCCCCCUGGUCCAGUUUCUGCCAAUUCUGGUGGCCAAACAGCGCCAACUGGCAGUGAAGACAAUGGAGGUGGAUACCGAAGACGAUUUUGA